CGAUCCUAGGCACAGUGGGGGUAUCAGCGUUUAGCCUGCCAAGUACCGUACCUCAAGCAAACACACACACAAGCUCGCGCUUUAAUUAAACGUCCAGUGAGUUUUAUUAAUUGAUAGAUCAAUCGCAGUCUCGACAUUCUCGGGUUAUUUACCCUGAGAAUCAUGUGUAUUUUCGCACCUCAAAAAUAUGUUCGCAGCUUUUUCGAUAUCUCAUUGGCAGCCCAAACGCUUCACAGCUGAUACCGUUAUAUCUGAACGAUGAAAAUCACGACCGAACUGCUUUUGCUAACGUACCUAACAUUAACCAUGUUCUGUUCGACUACGAUGGAAGACGAGAAACAACUUUCAUUAGAUGGCAAAUUUCAUCAAACGCAAAAAGAACCCGCGAAUGGUAAGAAGACAAAACUGCAAUCGAGACUGCAAAGACAAAACAGACAACCAAGGCCGCCAAGCUUAUUUGGAGCUGUGAGCUCUCUCCUAGGAGGUUCCGUAGUUGACACCUUCACCGCGUACAGAAAUGUUUCCAGAUUAGUACAAGGAGCAUUUGCGCCUCCCAGGCCGACUACCACUAAUCAAACUGCGCCAUCCAAUGCGACUUCAUUUACUUUAAGACAAGCUUUAGCUUUAUUAGGAAAAAAUUACCGAGGAUUAAGGAAACUAUUUGAUAAAGAAUUUACCAAGGCCUUAAACGAUUCAUAUGAAAAUGUGUACCAAUUCAGAAAAGAACUAAAACAAUCUGCAAGAAUGUCUCUAGAGUUUCGAGGGAACGCAAUCAGAUGAUUUGGAUACCUUACCUACACUUUGGUCUCUUCUAGGAUAAUAUUUAUUAAUGAUUUGUAAAAUGUUUUAUAAUUAUUUUAAAUGAUCAAUUUGUAUCUCCAAUUCGUGAAUCUACAUUCAAUUUUUUUGAUGAAAAAUUGCCAUUACCAUUUCAUCAAAAAAUUUAAAGCCACCUAUGUAUUAUGUGAACAAAAAGAGCUUUUUUUAAAAUCAAAAAAAAUGAAUCGUAUCUUCUAUAACUAAUUGACCAAACAUAUAAAUAUUUUUAAAUGAAAAAAAAAAUGAAAUUCAGAAAAUCUGAAUACAUUGGGAACUAACAACGCCAUAUUUUUUUACCAUACUUUCUUUCAUUAUUUUUUUUUGAAAGAACAUCAUUUUUAUUGUAAUAUAUUAUUCACUUGUUAUUGAAAUGCGCAAAGUUUUUUUUUUUUUUUUUGUAUCAUACGAGAAAGAAGUAAAUAAAGUUAUUUUACAUCAAUUACUUAUUUUGUAAAUACGUAAUAGAAUAGCCUACCCAGGUAUAGAAAAUCGAUUUUUCAAUUUCAAUACAUUACAUACGUAUCACAUGUAUUUUUAUCAGACUGACAUUGGCGGAUUUAUUUAAAUUUCGCUUUCAAAAUUAAAAUUUUAAAGAUUCAUUAUUUUUAUACUCAAGCAUACCUAGAUACAUAGUUAUUAAGAAA